AUGGCGAGUAAGAUGGAGCCAGCUACAACGCCCACACAGCCUCCGAAGGAUGAUCCCUUCACGCCGGAGGAAUUGGCGAAAUACAAUGGAUCUGACCCAUCGAAGCCUGUAUAUGUGGCUGUUAAAGGUGUUAUUUUUGACGUCUCGCCACGCAGAGAAAUGUAUGAACCCGGCAAGGGCUACUCCGUCUUUGCAGGGAAAGACGCAUCGCGUGGCCUGGGUAUGUCUAGCCUUAAGCCCGAAGACGCUGUGUCUGACUACUCAACCCUCAAUGAGGCACAGAUGAAAGUACUAAAUGAUUGGCGCUACAAUAUUGUGGGCCGCGUAGUGUCGUAA